AUGGGGAGAAGCCCAUGCUGUUCAAAGAUAGGGUUGAAUAGAGGUUCAUGGAUAGCUUCAGAAGACAAGAGUCUCACUUACUACAUCACACUCCAUGGUGAAGGCAAAUGGAGGUAGCUUCCCAUCAAAGCAGGUUUAAUGAGAUGUGGAAAGAGUUGUAGGCUGUGAUGGUUGAAUUACUUGAAACCGGAUAUAAAAAGAGGCAAUAUUUCAUGUGAUGAAGAAGAUCUCAUCAUCAGGCGGCAUAAACUCUUGGGCAACAGAUGGUUUGCAGGGAGGCUCCCUGGGCGAACAGACAAUGAAAUCAAGAACUACUGGAACACCACACUUGCCAAAAAGGUGCAUGAUCUUCAUCAAAACGACGACAUCAAUCAAGAACAAAACCUUAAAAAGAGGAAAGAUAGAGAAUCUGCGAAUGAGAUGGGGUCGAAUGUGGUUAGAACCAAGGCAGCGAGAUGCUCAAGAACCCAUUUUAGCUCUCACCCACAACAAGUAGAGCCACCAAGAUCCAAUGUUGUUGAGAAUAGAGGUCCGGCUAAACCUACCGAACCAGCUUCAUGCGCGUUCUAUCAUCAUGAAGUACAAAGCCAUAACAAUAACUCUGUCAAGUUUCCAUCUUGA